AAGAGAACUGAGGAUGAUGAAUAUGUACCAUCUGAUAGAUCUGAAAGUGAAGAAGAAAUUUACUCAAAACCUAAGUCUAAUAAUGGUCAUUCAUCGAAGAAAAUUGAUGAUGGUAAUGGUUCUCAUGAUUCUGCUUCUGUAAAUAAGCAUCAAAAUGAAAAAGAUAAGAAACCUAAAAAGAAUAAAGACUCAUCAAGUGAUGAAGAUAAAAAAGAUAAAAAAUCUAAAAAGAAUAAAGAUCCAUCGAGUGAUGAAGAUAAAAAAGAUAAAAAAUCUAAAAAGAAUAAAGAUCCAUCGAGUGAUGAAGAUAAAAAAGAUAAAAAAUCUAAAAAGAAUAAAGAACCAUCGAGUGAUGAAGAUAAAAAAGAUAAAAAAUCUAAAAAGCUUCAAGAUGAAGAAGAUAGAAAAGAAAAAAAAUCUAAGCUUCAAGAUGAAGAAGAUAGAAAAGAAAAAAAAUCUAAGCUUCUAGAUUUAAAGAGUGACGAAGAUAAAAAAGAAAAAAAAUCUAAAAAGCAUCAAGAUUCGAAUGAAGAUAAAAAAGAAAAAAAAUCUAAAAAGCAUCAAGAUUCGAGUGACGAAGAUAAAAAAGAAAAAAAAUCUAAAAAACAUCAAGAUACGAGUGACGAAGAUAAAAAGUCUAAAAAGAAAGAUCCUCUCACUCUUGCUGAAAAAGAAGCUAACGCUGAGGCUGAAGAAAAGAUCUUGAAAAUGGUACCAUUACCAUCUACAAGACAUAAAGAUACGUCACAUGAAAAAACAAGAGAUGUAGAUAAUGAAGGUAAAGAGCCUAUAGUUCUAAUGGGAGAUUUCAAUGCAUCAGGCUCUUAUCUCCGUAAAACGGAACGUGGAGAACUCGAUGAAUUAUUGCAGAAAAAUCAUUUGCUUUGGGGAAUUAGUCAUGAUAGUGAUACUACCGUCGCCACAGGAGACGCAGCCUAUGACAGAUUUGUAUUUGAGCAGAGUACCAAGGAUAAAUGGAUUGGAAACACCAGGAUAUGGAGAUUUGAUGAUGGUUGGGCAGACAGUAUCAAAGAGGAUCCAGUUGUGGUCAAGAAAGCCGCAAAACGUGUCACGGAUCAUUAUGCUAUUGA